UCAUCACUUCUCAGGGUAAGAAGAUUGAAUGUGUUUCUAAAUACAGAUAUCUCUGUAUUUUAAUAGAUUAAUCUCUUUCUUUUACUUCUCAUAUUCAGCAGCUGGCAAAUAGAUUAAAACUUAAACUAGGAUUUUAUUUUAGAAUCAAAUCCUGUCUCUCAUUCAAAUCUAAAAAGAGGUUAGUUGCUGGUACUUUUAUGUCUAUUCUUGACUAUGGUGAUGUUUUAUAUAUGCAUGCUUCGUCUCAAAGUUUACAUGCACUGGACACUGUAUACCAUGGAGCUCUGAGGUUCAUCACUGGUCUUAAAGUUCUCACUCACCACUGUGAACUGUAUGAACGUGUUGGAUGGUCUUCUCUAUCAACACGGAGACUUCAACACUGGACAGCUCAUCAAAUGGUCUACAACUGGUCGUCCCCCUCAAUGGAUGAGGCGCUCCCGGCGGAGGACAAGUGUAACCACACGGAGGCCUGGGAGUGGGUCUACUCCAUGCAGCCAGCCUACAUGUCCAUCAUCUGCCUGCUCGGCAUUGUGGGUAACGCCUUUGUGCUGUGCGUGUUCUGCCUCGAGAGGAGACACGGCACGGUGGCGGACAUCUACCUGGGGAACCUAGCCGCCGCCGACCUCCUCAUGGUGUCCUGCCUGCCUUUCUGGGUGGUGGCGAUCAUGCAGCAGUUCCAGUGGCCGUUCGGGAAGCUGAUGUGUCGCCUUGUGAACAUCGUCAUCGGUAUGAACUACAACUGUAGCGUGAUGUUCCUUACACUGGUGAGCUUUGACCGAUACCUGGUUCUGGCCCGGCCCCUGACGUCACGGGGCGGGAGUAGAAGACCGGCAUGGGCCAUCGGGAUCUGCUUGGGGGUUUGGUUGGUGGGCGGGCUUCUUAGUCUCCCCGCGCUGCUCUUUCGAUCCGUCCAGUUCUUCUCGGAACUGGGAGUGGAGGCAUGUUACUUGGCGUACCCCCAUGAUGGCUGGAGGCUGCGCUACAACUUGACAGUGAAUAUAAUAGGGUUCCUGGUUCCGGUACCCGUCGUGACCUUCUGUAGCUACCACAUCAUCAGAGUCCUUAGAGACAACCAAGCAAGCAGGAUCAGGAGCACGGCAGCGGCUGGCACAGAGAAAAAGGCUGCCCAGCUGGUGCUUAUUGUCCUGGCCGCAUUCGUCCUCUGCUGGCUGCCCUACCAGGUUGUUAUUAUCCUUGAUACCCUGUUUCACUUCAAGGUCAUCUCUAGCUGCAACUGGGAGGAUGCAUUAGACAUCAGCACUCAACUGGCAACAUACCUGGGCUACAGCAACAGUUCACUCAACCCUUUCCUGUAUGUGAUAGUGGGAAAGCACUUUAAGCAGAGGGCCAAAGCAGUAUGUAAACAAAUGAUGUGCUUUGGUAAAGGUAGGAGCUCCUAUAAUGCAGUCAAUCUGAAUUCCACCAAAAAGUACACCGAUUCAACUAAGGUAUAAAAAAUCUAUGGUUAAACAGGCAUGGUCAGGGAAGUGGUAUUUCAAAGCACACAGUUUUGCAUUAGCUUUUUAUCUAAUAGGAUGAUUAUAGCUGUGAAAGUGUUUUGUGUUUGUUAUACUUAGCUUUUGCUACUGUUGAAAUGUCUUUGUUUCGUAUAGCUGCUGUCCCCUCAAAAGGUUUCUUAAGAUUGGUGUUGAUGUGUUUAUUGUAAUCUGUUUUGAAUGACUAGUGAUUGUAAUUCUGGGCAUUGCUAUGGAAUAGUUCUUGAAUCGUUUUACUACAUAAUAAAAUUUG